AUGGAGGCAGGAGAAGAUGACGAUGGUGAGAAAAGUACGAGGAAGACCUACCUCUCGCCCCAAGAGCGAGAACGCAGAAAGAAGGGAGGCCUCUGCUUCAAAUGCAGCAAGAAGGGCCUCAUCAAAGAUUGCCCUAACCACCCUACGGUAACAACUGCUAGGAAAACCCAGACUAACUCCGCGUCUAGCUCUAAAGAAGACGCCGAAUACCAGGAGUUUCUGGAAUGGAAAGUGUUCAAAGCAGGCCAGGUAAAGAAGCCGAAGAAGAAGGAGGAGUCAGAAGAUGAGGAUUGUUAA